CUUCUAGGUUUGAUAAACUUUUCGCUUCUGCAGAGAGUGGCACAGACAUAUCGAACACAAAGUUCAGACAGUCAUCAUCGAAGCUAUUGACCGUUAAACCCCGUUGUUAAGCUCGAAGAAUGUAAGAGGAAAGUGUGGAAACAACCAGAGAGUGACAAUUGUCUAUUAUGAGAUCUAUGAGUAGGAAUAAGCACUCAUUUGCUAAAUUGUGUUAACCAGAAUUACUUCGGUGUAAAGAAAUCUUCAUGGAUCUUGAAAUAGACCUGCUUGAUGACAUUUUGGCUGACAACGCUACAAAAAACGCUAGGCCUAGUGGCAAGUUUCGACCUAAGGCCAAACCAAAACCAAGAAAGGAAUCAUUUGCUCCAAGUCAAUCCGCUCAGCCUGUUAUUAUUUCAGAACAUGAAAGCAAAAAUGCUUCCGAAAACACUCUAGAUGAUACUAUAAUAAUUCCUCCACUUGAUGAUAAUAAAAAUUCCAAAUCAACAAGCCUUCCAACGGAGCAUCUUCCUGAUAAAGAGAAUGACGGCUCCACAGGUGGCUCACAUUUGGAUGCUUUGUUGAGUGGCAUAACUGGAGACUAUAAUUCUUCCUUCGGAAAUGUGAAAGGAAAGGAAGGCGACACAGGCUCUUUGAUGGAGAACUCAGAUGCUUUUCUUUCUCAAGCAACUACUGUAACUGAGACAGAAACCACCUAUGUUGACUCGUCCAGGAAUGAAGAAGUUAUAUUAGACAGUGCACGUGAUACUUCUGUACAUCAUGGAAUGCAGCGAUUCAAUACUUCCAGUUUUUGCUUAGAUUAUGAACUUCCCGCUUCUCUUGAUACCUUCCAUGAGGAAUUCACUUCAAAUACAGAUGGAUAUUUUCAAGUGGGCAAUACUUCUCCUUUUCUAGAAACUCAAAAUAUUACGACUGAGUUCACUUCUAGGACUGGACGGCACACUGAGAAACUCCAACCCAAGCCUAAACUACAAAAUCAGGAAGAGACACAUUGUUCUACUGUUCAUAAUCCAGAUAAUGUUCCGCCAGUACCUUCUCAAACUGAUAACUUCGAUGAAGGCUCCAUACCUGCAGUCCCUCUUGAUGAUAUGAUUGAUUUCUCAUCCAUGGAGUUUGAUGAUUCUGUUCCUACUGAUCCUGCACCUGAGAUUUCAGGCUUUGUGGUGACUUCACACACUGAAGAACAAAAUAUUGUUCCUGAUCCUUCUGAUAAGGAAAGAGGAAGAACCGACACGGGGUUGGAACAUUCGGUGGAGCACCUAAUACUUUCCACAUCUGGUCUAGAAGAGAAACAUGGUAGAUCAUCUAAGCGCCUCAAAAAAAAGAAACAUGUACAUCAACUUGUCGAUGAGCCUGAGGAACAUGAUCUUGAAACUGGUCAACUUACAGCUGAAUAUCCUAAAGGUUCAGCUGUAACUGAGGAUGACCAUACUGACAAAGAUUAUCUGUUGGAAGAUGAUCGUCCCAAUAAAAAGGUAAGAGGAAAGUCCAAGAAACUUGUUGCUGAGAAAGAAAAAACUGUUCGAAAGCGUAAGAAAGCGAAUGAAGCAUCAAAACAGCCAACCAAAACAUCGAAGAAGAAGUUCUCUCACUCAACUAGGAGACGUGGAAGAUUUGAUAAGGACUGGCUUAAAACCCCCGAGGAUGAGCUUGAAAUCUCUGACUUGCCACUUAAGGAUAUAAUUCUACUUGGGGAGUACAGGGAAUGGAUGGCGAAAAAAAAUCCAGAGACAUCACAAACGCCGCCUGUUACUAAUCACAGCGCUGCCAAGUCUCCUGCCAGAUACUAUGAUGAAGACGAUGAUAGGUUUGCUUCAGAACAUGAACAGGAGUUUAAUGAUGAACAUGAAAAUGUAGCAGUUCAAGAUAAUGGUACCUACUUCAACUAUCAGUCUCACAUGAAGAAAACACCCCGUGGAAAAUGGACAAAACAAGACACUGAGUUGUUCUAUCAGGCUCUGCAGCAGUUUGGAACAGACCUAACUAUGAUAACUCAACUUUUUCCUGGUCGCACUCGUAAUCAAAUAAAAUUGAAAUACAAAAAAGAAGAACGAGAUCACCCUAUGAGACUUCACGAUGCCCUGACCACAAGGUCAAAAGAUCAUUCCCACUUUCAGCUAAUUAUUGAUCAGGUCAAGAAAGCUGUUGCUGAGCGAAAGCAGAUCUCCGAGACAGAUGACUUGGAUAUAUUACCAGAGGAACAGCCCGAAGGGCUUCCUCCUGAAGUGAAUGAGGGUACAAAGUCUGCGGAGGUCGAGGGUCCAGUAGAAGAUGAAGGUCCUGCAGCUACAGGUCCGGUAGAGUCUUCGGACAGUGAUGAUGAUGAAAAGAGAUGGAGUCAGUUCAGAAGUGACCUGUAACUGCCAGCUAUACUCACUGUUUUCUUCUUCAUCUGCUGUUACAAUCCUCUGAUUCUUUAAUAAAUUCUCUGGGAUGCCUUCUUUCAUCCAUACUGAAAUGUACUUUACUGUACACAUGGUCAUGGACAAAUACAAAGCAUCUUAGGCUAAAUGCUAUGUGACGCACCGUUUGUGGCCAGCUGAAUCCAAAUCAUUGUGUCACACGUAUGGUACCUAAAGCAUGUGACCAGGUAUGAUAGGUCCGACGAUACUCGAUUCUUUUUUACCCGACUAGAACUUACCGAAAUCGAUUUGAAUUUGAAUUUAAAUGUAAAAACUUUUUUUGGUCUCUCCCUUGAAUGGGGAAAAAACCCAAUCUUUUCUUGAAUUAAUGAUAUAUUGUAUGUUGUUGUA